GAAGCAGAAGCAAGGAAGCAUGUCUGGGAAACCCAGACUUACCUACUUCAAUGGAAGAGGAUGCAUGGAAUCAAUACGGUAGCUGUUGGCAGCAGCUGGGGUGGAGUUUGAAGAAGAAUUUUUGGAAACAAGGGAACAGUAUCAAAAGUUAAUAAAAGGUGGAGCCCUGCUGUUUGACCAAGUACCAUUGGUGGAAAUUGAUGGGAUGAAGAUGGUGCAGACCAGAGCCAUUCUUCGCUACAUAGCUGCCAAGUACAACUUCUAUGGGAAGGAUCUGAAAGAGAGAGCAUUAAUUGACAUGUAUGUGGAAGGAACAGCUGAUCUCAUGGGAAUGAUCAUUACCUUUGCUUUCACUCCACCUAAGGAAAGGAAUCUUGCCUUAAUCAUUGAGAGGGCCACAACCAGAUACUUCCCAGUCUAUGAAAAGGUUCUGAAACAACACGGGCAAGAGUUUCUUGUUGGCAACCGAUUCAGCUGGGCAGAUGUACAGCUGCUUGAAGCCAUUUUAAUGGUAGAGGAGAAAGAGCCCACUGUGCUUUCCAAGUUCCCUGUGUUACAGGCUUUUAAAGCAAGAAUAAGCAACAUACCUACAAUUAAGAAAUUCCUACAGCCUGGCAGCCAGAGGAAGCCCCCACCUGAUGACCAAUAUGUGGCAACAGUGAUUGAAGUUUUCAAAAAAGAUUAAAUGCCAGGUUCCAUUCAGAGAGGUCAUCAAAAUCUAAAAAGAACAGGCCAGUUUAGAUGAUCAGCACUACCAUCAUUAAAAGCAAUGACAUUCCAGUGACAGAAAAUAGUAUCUAAUUACUCUU